CUCCAACAGCUAGCUGGCUAGGGCGUUGCUAGCGGCAGAAAGUGGGAUUUUUGGUACCUUUCCGCAAGUUAUAUCCUUGUACAAAUAACAUCCGGCGUUGGAAAAAAAAAGCGUUUGGUGUUCGCUAAAAGUUUUAAGCGCCUCGGUGGCUUUUUGUCGUUGUUUACAGCGGACUGGUGAUACUUUCUGUCCCGUUAGCUGGCCACAUAGCUAGCCUGCUUCCAUCCACGGGAAUUCUGCCGAGAAACGACUGAAUUCUGGAAACAUGGAGUCAAGGAUCGUCGCGCUGUGCUAACCGACUUCACUGGAUUUUCUUUCCUCAAGGAGACUUUUUGAAGGACAUAACACGGAGACAUAUCGCAAGCCAGUCAACAUUCAUGCCGUGUUGUAUAUAUAUAUUUCGGUGGUUGGCCGGCUCAUUGUUGUGAACGGGAGUUUGCUUAGUUUGCACUCGAAACAAGAGCAUACGAAGCAAAGUUUUUUGCUGAAAGAGCUCAUCUGUUUUGUUAGCUGGUAGCUGGCGAGAUUCAACGCCAGCCAGCUUUCUGUGAGAAAGGUUUUUCUAAAAAAAAAAUAGACGUUUUUACUUUAGUCGACCAUCUAACCCGUUUGUUUUUUUAAAUCGUUCACCGGUAUAACAUUAGCUGCUUGCUAAUUUGUAACACGGGUCGUUUAAACUCGGUAUCGAGCGAUUCUCAUGGUCACGGGAGAGUCGUCCCCACAGCCGCAGACAGGCAUUUCUGGGAGCAGGGAAUACCAAAUGGGACUGGAGGAAUUUCCAGCAUCUUCAAAGAUCAUUUAGAGGAUCCGAGGCCAUUCAGCCGAGCUGGGGUGGUGGCAGACGGACUACAUCGCAGGGCCAAGACGAAUGCCAGAGAAGGACACUCCAGGAAAUCGCCUCAUCACACUCUGGAAAAUGUUAAUCGGAUAUAAUUUGCUGCAAAUCUAGAACCGGAAGCCCAAUGAGUGACACACAGUCCAGCUUUACUGACAGGUUUCCCAAGAAAGCAAACAGAACUAGCAGCAUUCUCAGUAAAGACCACCCCCCGGACAGGAAACCCAAAAGUGACAAAACCUCACUUCCCUCCAAUGAGUUUGACCCUACAGAAGCUCUGGUGGUGCAGAAGAGUGGCAGCAGCAGUGUGCUAGCAGAGGGGAAGCCUGAGUCCUGUGGUCUGGUCCAGAGAUGUGUAAUCAUCCAGAAAGAUGAAAAUGGCUUUGGGCUCACUGUCAGCGGUGACAACCCAGUGUUUGUGCAGCUUGUCAAAGAAGAUGGGGCUGCUAUGCGGGCAGGUGUUCAGACAGGAGACAGGAUCAUCAAGGUUAACGGGACCCUUGUUACACAUUCUAAUCACAUUGAGGUGGUGAAGCUUAUCAAAUCUGGCUCCUAUGUGGCCCUCACAGUGUUGGGGCGCCCUCCAGGGCUCACCCAGAUCCCCUUGUCUGAAGCAGAGUCUGAGAUGUUGGGCGUUAGUAUUUCAUCUCCUAACUCGCCAGCAGCGGAACGCCCCUACAGUCCCCUGGACCGCCUCUCCUCCACUCAACCACCAUGGGAUGAGAAUAGCAGCGUCUGCAGCCAGAGGGUUGACAUGUUGCAAAAGAUGCUCUCAAAAGAGCAGCAGGAGCUGCAGGCCAUGAAGGAGGAGUACAGCAGGAACCCCUCCCCCAAACUACUGAAAGACAUCCAGGAAGCUAAGAAACACAUUCCUCAGCUGCAGGGUCAGCUCUUCAAGGCCACUGGGGCAACACAGGAGGCUGUUCCAGGUGGUGAUGCAGAUGAUGGUAGCAUGUUUGAGACAGAGCACACUCCCUCUAAGGGAGACAACAGUACAGACCUGUCCUGGAGCACCACUCCUAUAUCUCGUGGAUUUGGACCUGGAUCUCCAGAGAGUCUUUACCUAAGAGAGUCAUCCUGCCCCAGCCCAAAGAGCACACCCAGGAACAGCUUCAACUCCUGCCACUCUCCAGAGGGGGAGGACGCCACUGACCUGGUAACCAUGAGACCUUUUAACACAGAGAUGGCGCUAAAGGGCAGCUACAAGGACUCUCUGUCCCCUACCACAGUCAGCAGUCCCUCUUCCUCCCGCCUCGUCUCGCAAAUCAUUGGAGCUGAGGAUGACUAUUUUGAUUCAGACCAGGAGCAGACAAAUGGCCAGUGCAACAGCUUUAACAGCAUCGAGCAGCUCAAGUCUCGUCCCGCCCACCUCGCAGCCUUCCUUCACCAUGUCAUCUCUCAGUUCGACCCUGCUCCUGUGCUGUGCUACCUCUACGCUGACUUCUACAAGCAGACCAACUCCAAAGAGACCAGACGGGUGUUCAUGGACCUUCACACCUUCUUCAUUGACCGUGGAGCAAAUUUAAAAGUUGCUGUUCCUGAAUCCAUCUCUACUGAUCUCGACCGCCGGCGGACAGAACUGAUCCCAGAGGAAAUAAACAGACAACAUGUUCAAACGCUACAGGACUCUCUGCUCCCUGACAUCCAGAAGAACCUCGAGGAUUUCAGGCAGAAGCGCAGUAUGGGCCUAACGGUGGCUGAAGUAGAGCUGGCCAGACUGGACCAAGAGAGAGUUAGAGACCGUGUCACUCAGGAGCGAGAACGCUCAUAUGCUGAAAACAUCAUCACCAAGAUAGAGGAUAUUCUGUUAACUACUCAGACCACAGAGGAAGAGAAAUGCACUACAAUGCAGUAUGUCAUCUAUACAUACAUGAAGCACCUUGGUGUGAGGGUCAAGGAACCUCGCAGUCUAGAGUCAAAACGGGUCAGGAUCAACUUUCUUCCCAAGAUCAAGAAAAGCAUCAAGACAGAAAAGGAAGGAGAAGAGAAGGUGAAGAAAGCCAGAUUUCCCAGUAUACUUGGACCUCAGCGUCGGCCCAGCCGCAUCGAAGCUGCAUCGGUGGGUAAAGCCUUGGAUGGUCGCCCCCGGCCACAGAAACAGUUGUCUCAGCCUACACUGGGAGCGAGUGAUCACAUGGAUGCCGGUCGUCUGAGAGGCAGCCAAUCGAGCGAGGGCUCUGAGCUCACACACUCCAUGUCUGUCAACACCUCAUCCCCAAACAGCGCCACCUACAGCUCAGACACCAGCCGAGACGCUGAUAUGGGUGGGACUCCGACCUCAGGCCCCUCCAGACUGAGUGACGGCCUUCAGUCCGACCCUCUUGAUGGGCUGUCGCACAUUGAUCUUUACAACCUGGACCAACUGCAAGAGGAUGACAGAGAAAGCGACAGAGCCCACGAGGGAACACCAAAGGCCAUAAGAAGGCUGGAGGGACUGGGUGCAGCUGAUGUCCAGAGUGAGGACGACCAGGGAACAGACUCUGAGCAUGACCCUCCGAACUGGCAGCAGCUGGUGGGGCGAGAGGUCCUCGCAGGUCUCAGGCCUCAGGAAAUCAAGAGACAAGAAGUCAUCAAUGAGCUGUUCUAUACAGAGCGUGCACAUGUGAGGAUGCUGAAAGUUUUGGACCACGUUUUCUACCAGAAGCUCUCCAAAGAGGCCAUCCUGCCUCCUGCUGACAUCAAGAACAUCUUCACCAACCUGGAGGAGAUUCUACAGCUGCACGUUUCAAUACUGGAGCAAAUGGCAGCCGUUCGGAAGAGAAAUGAGUCUUCAGUAAUUGAUCAGAUAGGAGACGACUUGCUCUCUUGGUUCAGCGGUGGAGAGGAGGAAAAGAUCAAGCAGGCGGUGGGGACGUUCUGCAGCAACCAGCCUUUUGCUUUGGAGAUCAUCAAGAGCAAGCAAAAGAAAGACUCGCGAUUUACUUCGUUCAUCCAGGAGGCAGAGAGUAACAGACUGUGUCGCCGGCUGCAGCUUAAGGACAUCAUUCCUGUAGAGAUGCAACGGCUCACCAAGUACCCCCUGCUGCUAGACAACAUUGCCAAGUACACAGACGACGCAGUGGAGAAGGACAAAGUGAAGCAGGCAGCAGACUGCUGUAGAAAGAUCCUCAAUCACGUCAACCAGGCUGUGAAGGAGUCUGAGGACAAGCAGAGGUUGGAGGACUAUCAGAGAAGAUUGGACCUCUCCUCUUUAAAGCAGACAGACAACCCCAUGAUCCUCGAGCUCAAGAACUUGGAUCUAACCAAGAGAACAAUGGUACAUGAGGGACCACUCUCAUGGAAAGUGAACAAGGACAAGACUAUCGAGUUGUACACACUCCUCCUGGAGGACAUCCUGGUUUUGCUCCAGAAACAAGACGAGCGUCUGAUUCUUAAGUGUCACAGUAAAAAUCUGGCAGGCAGCGCAGAUACCAAACAUAUCUUCAGCCCCAUCAUCAAACUCAACACUGUGCUGGUGCGCUCCGUGGCCACAGACCACAAGUCUUUCUUCGUCCUAUCCAUGUCUGACAACGGAGCCCAGAUCUAUGAGCUGAUGGCACCCACAGUUUCAGAUCAGAGAACAUGGCAGCGUCUAAUCACCCAGAGAGCUGAUGCCAUGAAAGUCAAACCUCACAGCGUCAUACCAUUACCUCAGACCGAUGGGGAGAGAGACGGUGUGGAGAUCAUUACAGAAGGUGUUUCCAGGCUGAGUCGAGACGCAGACCGCACAUCCACCGGCAGCACCCAGUCCACAGAUAAAGAGAGCAGUCCAGCUCCCAGAAGUGUGACGCAGAGUUCUCUACCUGGUAAUAAUCCCUUUGAGGGAGUGAAGGCAGAGGAAGAGGAGGAGGAGGAAGGUUUUGUGGACCCAGAGCUUUCCUACCAAGUGGCUGAAGAGGGCAAAGAAGGAGACUCGUUUAACAUGUUUCCCUCCAGAGCAGACGAAGCACUGAAAACAUUGGCAGCAUUAAAGCAGGUGUUGGUGACCCAGCUGAUGUCCCAGGAGGCUGUAGAGCAAACCAAACGCUCCACAGGGGCACGUCUCCUUAGGACCACCUCUCUGCGGACCCCUGUAGACAGCCGCGCACGGGUGAUGGUUCACAAUGGCUCAGAGAAGAACAGCUCCCAGACAGAGGACCCGACUCAGGACCUGGGCUCCGGGGACACGGGCUUCUUCGAUUCUCCUGAAGAUUAUGCAGGGUAUUUAGUCCUGGAGGGUUACGGUGGCCCAGGGGAGAGCAGCACAGAUGAUGACAUAUUGGCAUCAACCACAGGGAAGCAGCUGAGAACCUCACAAGGCUGUGCUGCCGACUCUGGCAUCAACUUGAGGUUUUCUUCAGCGUCACAGGCUGGCAGCCUCUCCUCUUUUAGCAGACAGGUCUUGUCUCACCUUAGAAACCUUCAGGCCAACCUCAACUAUCUGAAGGAGGUUGAGGCCAAGUACAAUAAUCUAAUACGCCAAAGGCCAGAGAGGCCAGCAGCAGACACGGAUGGAAACAAAGAUAAGAGAUAGUGGAAGUCUGUACCGCAGUCUUUGGCUCUGGUCCCAAAGAGGAAGUACUGACUUGUAGUCUGUUCCUACUUCUUGUGUCCUGGACUUUCUGGACAUCCUAUAAGCUUGUCCUCUCACUGCUGAGCCCCCCUUCUUUCCAUCGCCAUCGCCUAUGGUUGCCACAGAGAAUGAGAGACUGAGUGUGAGCAGAAACAUUUGAAGGGUGGAGUCAUCUUUGUGAUGCCGCGCCCCCCUCCAUUAGCACAAGGCAAUCAGGGAAGUGGGAUUGCCCCCUAUAACCUCACCCCUCUACCAUCUAACACCCAUUUUCCCCGGACCUCCCUGCAAGAAAGAGAACUUAUACCAAAAUGUACAAAGAUGUGUGUUUAGAAUAUAUAUAUAUGAAACACAAAACAAGAAAAGGAAAUUUUAAGAUAAUGUAUUAAGAUUUUUUUUUUUAUCCCAAGAUGUAUUUAUUUUCUUUCUUUUCAUUUUUUAAAAGUGUUUCCCACAUUGCUUGCAUGCUUUUGGCCAUGGUGUUAACUUUUUGGCUGCUUUUCCUGCUACAGGGUUAGUGUGACUGUGUGAGCAGACAAGCACGCUAGCCUAGCGUACCCUGAUGAAAUGGCAGGAAUAUAUUCAGACUGAUAGAGGCCAGAGUUGCACUGGUGAUGGAUAGAUCCCAUUGUGUUACAAACUCUUGAAUUGUGUUAAAGUCUAGAAUUUCAGAUGAAUUCUAGGUGUGGUGUUAACUAGAAUGAAGAGUCUGAAGGCUCUGAUCUGGUCCUGUUGCAUUUCCUUGCUGCCUCCUCCUCGUUCCUCCUCCUCCCCCUCACUGUGAGGGCUAUUUUGCCUCUCGUCUUGCCCCUUAUCUCCUUUGCGUGUAACUCUCUCCCUUCUUUUCCCUGUAAACACUUAUGGGUGUCAUCCUUCUCCUUUUCCUCACAGCCCAGUGGCUUUCAUGCUUAUUUAUCCCCUCCCACACUCUAUAUGUCAUGCUUCCUCAUCUGCCUUCGGGUAUCUUCAUGGAGCGCUCAUGCUCUCUCUGUAUCAGCUGCUGACAGAAAUGCUGCCUCUUUCUGCUACUGUUGGCGAUGCUGAUUUGACUGCCUGAUAUUCUAAUAAUGUCAUGAAGUUCAACAAAUGUACAAUGAUCAAGUUGGAAGGUUAUGCAUAACUUUAAUAAAUAAAUGGUGCCAUGACACAUUCAAAAAGGAAAA